UUGAGGAUUAGCGUAAAGCACAGCUCAUAAAAUUUUUAGAGCAUCCUUGUUAAAAAAUGGUGCAUAAAACACUUGCUUUUUUUGUUGCACUGUACGGAAUUUCUUGGGUGACCUGUAGAGGGGAUGAUAAUUUCCCACGGUACGACGGAACACAGGUUAGUCAACGCGAGUGCGCCAGUCGUCCAAGAAACACUUGUUGGAAAGGUCUUGAUAACUGCCUCGAAGCCAGUAUCGGACAAAUGAUUUUCAGGAGAGUGCCGGGAACCAUAUCAACUUUAGAAUGCUACAACAACGUCACGGCUCGGGAUUUUUUGGACAGUGCCAGUAGCAUUGCCAUCAGUAAUCCCAACCGAGCUGUCCGAUUGUUUGCCCCCGGCGGCGAUUCCUUCCAGCUAACACACCAACUUGUCGACCCAAUUAGAACGCAACUAAUUGAGCUGUAUUUUUGGCAUUGUCGGGACAAUUCGGCCACAUCCACGGUUGGGGCACUGCGACUGCCAAAUUUGCUGUACUUGCAAUUUUCUGGUUGCACCAGGUUGGUGAUAAAACGAGACGAUUUCCGCCACUUCAAGAAUUUGAGAAAUCUUGAUUUUUACCUAACCACCAUUGAGUCGAUUGAACCGGAGACAUUCAAAGAUCUCCCACAACUAAGGUCACUUCAGCUAGAGAACAGGUAUGCGAGUUUCCUUUUGCGACUCGGCGAAGCAGAUUUCACUAGCGAGUAUGCAACUCCGGAAAUCCGGUCGACCAUUCGUAAACUUCAUUGUGCCUGCGAUUAUGCAUGGUUACGGAACUGGCUGGAUGCCAACCCUUAUCUGCUGAGCGAUCGCGACGAAGGGGAGUUGUACGUCAUCGGAAACCAUGCCAGUGCAAGCGUUUCCAGAAGGGCGAUGUUUCUGGCUGUAGACUGUGCCUCGAAAAAUUUAUCUAUUUUCCAGCGAUACCUUGAAUACGAGACAGAUUUUCACCACAAGUUUGCAAUUAACACUUCGUGCUAAAUGCAUGCAGAAUCUUUAAGGGGAUCACUAGUAGUAGAAAGCGGGUUUGGGAAAACGGGUAUGGUUUGAAAACGAUGGCCGGAUAUGUGUUUUCACAACUUUAACUGAACGCAGAGAAGAUUUAGCUGCACAAUGGUGUGACGCGAUCCUCUCUGCGUUCAGUCAAAUUGUUAAAACACAUACCUGGCCAUCGUUUUCAAAGUGAAAUUCAAACCAUUCCCGUUUCCCCAAACCCGCUUUCUACUGCUAGUGUUCCCCUUAAAACGUGAUGUCCGGCAGAGUUACCAUCACUCAAGGUAAAGAUAUACAGUAUGUAAAGUAAGCACAAGCCUGAGUGCCCGAGUGCAGCCUGUUUUCACAAGUUACUUUUCAUAAGGUUCAUAAGAAUCUAUGUAGUAGAUCUAUGCCGCGUCUGGUCCUUUCUAGCGGAACGUUUGUUCUUCCCUGCUACUCCUUGCUGCGCAAAAGGAAUUGGCUUUUGUGAAAUCUAUAUCUGC